AUAUUGUUUACCCAAAUGGCUAGAGUUACAUCAACAAAGCAGUAUAAAAACGGGAUGUUCUCGAGAUAUAAUGGUAUUACCCCCUGGAACUUUGAAGGUAUCAUGUCACCGGUUCUCGUAAUCUUUGUGAUCGCCCUGCCGUUGUCUGCGCUCGCCAGUGAAGGGGUAACAGUUGACGAACUCGAUCAAGAUGUUUGCCCUUUUGAAUCCAACGGAUGUAGCGUACCUGGGCAGUUACCCAUGCUCUACAAAAGGCUUUUUACUCCCGCUUGCCACAUGCACGACGUGUGCUAUCGAUGUAAUAAAGUGCACGAUUGGGAGAAAAUUGACUGCGACACAAAAUUCUGGGAAAACAUGUACUUUUUAUGCGAAGGCCAGUACGGCACACCAGAUGAUCACCUGGACAAGCGCUUUCUAUGGAACAAGCAGAAAAUGUGUAAUAAGGUGGCUGAUGGGUACCACACGGCCGUGCAAAUGUUUGGGGAGAGUCACUGGGACACAGCUAAACCCGAUUGGUGCAAGAAGAAAUGCGUCAAGAAAAUAGGAGACCCUAGAAACCAUAUCCAGCUUUGAACAGCUGAAUAACAUUUACUCAUCUAAGCAAUGAAAUUGAUGCCCUUGCCUUA